UGCAAAUCCCCUCAUGACGUACUAUCAAACCUCAACCAAACCUAAACCUACAUCGACAUAUUCACAAUGAAACCUCUUAUCGCCCUAACAGCUCUAUUCAGCCUAUCAACCGCCUCACAGUCUCCCCUCCGCGACAAUCAAAUGCCCCUCCCCAAACCUCCCAUCCCUCUAAAAGGCCAUCUCCCUCUAAUGUCUCCCGACCAACCCUCCGUCCAGCCCUCCGUCGCCCUCGGCGACAUCCUAGGCUCCAACCGCGGCCUAACAUCGUUCUCAUCCUUCGCGCGCAUGCAGCCCUCCACUGAUACACGACUCAGCGACCUAUCAACGAAUACCACUGUUCUUGCGCCGCUGAACUCAGCUGUUGAUGCGCUCCCGCGCAAACCGUGGGAACAACCCGCUGAUUAUAACACUUUUGGCGCUGAUGCGUAUGAGGGUGAUGGGGGGCAAGAUAGGGCGAGGGAGAAUAUGAGACGGUUUGUGGAGGCGCAUCUUGUGCCUGUCAGCCCGUGGGAGAAGGGGGAGAAGAGUAAGACGCUGGGGGGCAAGGAGGUUUGGUGGGAGGUUAAGGAGGGACGGAGGGUUAUUAUGCCUGAUGAGGUUGAGGUUGAGAAGGUUGCUAGUCAGGUUGGGAAUGGAGAACUGUGGAUUCUGAAAGGAGUUUUGAACUACGCCUAGACAGCGCUGGCGGGUACAGAUACACGAAUAAUGAUAGAUUGAUGAUUAAGCAAGUUGGAUACAGCUAGAUGUUUGCGCAAGAUUUCGGGAUACUUUCUUAUGGGCAGUGAUAUCUAGGAUAAUACACGAGGUUCAAAGAUAUCACCAUGCAUCAGUCUGCUAUUCAUCCAGUAUAUUGAUUAGGUCAACAUGUUCGUCGCCGGUAUCAUCUAUCCGAACUCCCAGAAACAACACCCUCCGAAACAGACAUAAAUUACAACAAGGACUAUACCUCUAGAACAAACUCCCUCCACUUUUUCGUCAUGCAGGCCAUUCUGCACAUGUCGCUCCAAACU